AUCUGACUUUCUAAUAAUUAAAUGUUUAUUCCUAUAUUUAAGGCAACUUUUAUGUUGUAUUCACGAAUGUUAUGUACGUUUUAAUAACUCAAAUAAAUCGUUACCCCUGGUGCUUUAUGUAUUUUAUCAUUUUCCUGGUUCGUAUAAUUUCUUACAUUUUAUGCUAAAAGGCUAAUUUUGUUAGUGCAUACAAUUGGGAAAAGCUUUAUAGAAGUGUUUUUACAUUUAAUUUCUAGGCAGAACAAGAGGCUGACCAAUAGGAGAGCUGAGCGAGUUGCACGUGUAGUGCAAAUAGUGUCCGGAUAAAAAGCGCAGCGUUAUUAACAGAACACGCUCUUCUGUUUUCACCUCGAACAGGUGCAGGGCACAUACAGCGAUGUUUUUAAGAUAUGUACUUUCCUUUGUUAGGAUGUAUUGUAUAGUUGUCAGUUUAUGGCUCUUACUUUUAACAGAGGCAACAGAAUUGCCCAGCUGUAAAGAGGUAGGAUACAACAACAGCUUUGUUUGCAUAAUACAGCUUUUCUGUUUAGACUUGUUUGUCAUUAUGAAUUAUAUUUUAAGUUGCUUUUAAAGAUGACUGCUGGAACCACAUUAUAACUAUGCAUUCUAACUGUACUACCUAUUGAAAAAUCUCACAUUUACGCAGUAAUCUUUUUUUGUGCCGCAAACGCUUUGCCCUUUUUAUAUUGCUGAUGGAAUAUUGCAUUUUAUUUGCACUAAACAUAAAACCACUAUUAGGACAGUUAUUUCUCUAAUGUAUGGAAAAAUGUUGAUGUCAAAGUGCUUUGUGAAAUAUAAAACUUAUAAGUAUUAGACUGUCACAAACGUUUAAUGUUAUUGUCUGCAACACCAAUUAUAAUGUUACAGGAUGGUCAUGAAAUAUAUAUUUUUAGUUAAACUGUAGCAUGGAACUAGUGUUUCUAAACACACAAUUACAUUAAGGUAAAGAGUUCUAGAACUAUGAAUCACCAAUUGACUAAGGUGUCCAUGUGAAUAAAGAAAUAAGUUAUGUAGCCUAUAGUUCAGAAACUAGUGUUUAUUUUACUUAUGAUUUCAGCGCCUUUUUCCUUAUCUGGACAGAUAACACUUUUAAAGAAUCUCACUCGCUCAUCAAUUUUCUUUUACAUUUCCUCAUGUUCACGGUAUCCACGAGGUUUAGUCAUGUUUGAAUGAGAGUGAGCAUGUUCAUGGGACUGGGCUGCUCAUUUACCUUAUCAAAUGCUGACAAGCUUGUCCGUUGUCGUUUGAUAGCAGUGUGAAAAGGACAUCUGCUCUAGACAAGCUGCUCUAUUGCUCUACCUUCCGAUUACCAUUUUGAAUACACAGACUGUGAUGUAUUGGGCUCUCGAUGGAGAGUGGCGAUACCCAACAAACCAGAAACCUGUACAGGUGUACCUGAUCCGGUCAAAGGCACCAAGUGCACGUUCACCUGUAAUGAGGGAGAAUUUCUGGACAUGAGGACUCAGGAGUGUCAGAAAUGUGUCGCAGGGACCUACUCUUUAGGCACGGGAGUUGCCUUUGAUGAGUGGGACAGUCUGCCCACCGGCUUCAUCAGCCAUGGCAUCGAUAUGAGCAAAGGAGAUUCUUCCACAAAUUGCUCUAACUCGACGUGGAUCCCUAAAGGUGACUACAUUGCCUCAAACACAGAUGAGUGUUCCUCCACUCUUUCCUACGCUGUGAGUCUGAAGAAACCCGGUUCUGUGUCUUUUCAGUACAUCUACCCAGACAACAGCAUCUUUUUUGAGUUCUAUGUUCAGAAUGACCAGUGCCAGUCAACAGAUUCUGUAAAUCGCUGGAUGACAUUAUCAAAACGUGACUGGGAAUAUCACUAUAUGCAGCUGAGUAGUGGGAACAAUGUCUUGUACUGGAGGACUACAGGUUUCUCUCUGGCUGGAAGCUCUCCCAAACCAGUUCUACUGAAGAACAUUGCCAUCUCAGGUGUCUCCUAUACAUCUGAAUGUUUUCACUGUAAGCCUGGCACCUACAGUGAUAAACCAGGAGCCUCUCGCUGCAUCCCAUGUGCUGUUAAUUCUUUCUCUAAUAAAGGAGCCACGGCAUGCCAGCCAUGUGAAGCAGAUACAUACUCAGGGAUUGGAUCUGGAAGCUGUCUACAGAGGCCACACUGCAAGCAGAGCGAUUACUUCUAUACUCACACAGCAUGUGACUCAAAAAGCCAGACACAGCUUAUGUUUAAGUGGAUCGAGCCCAAGAUCUGCAGCGAGAGUGCAAAUGGGGCGAUCCAACUCCCAGCCUCAGGUGAGAUGAUGGCCUGCCCGCCGUGCAAUCCAGGAUUCUUCUCCAGCAACACCUCCACCUGUGAACCCUGCCCACAUGGCCUCUAUUCAAAUGGAACAGAAUGCUCUGAGUGUCCUGCCGGAAUGGAACCUGUCGUGGGUUUCGAGUAUAAAUGGUGGAACACGAUGCCUAGUAACAUGAGAAGUUCUGUCUUUAGCGUAGAAUACAGCAGUACUGACAGGACCACAGGCUGGGAGGUAGCAGGUGAAUACAUCUAUACCACACCAAGUGAUCGGGACUCCGACUUCAUGCUUUUGACGCUCCAAGUACCUGGAUACGGCUUGCCUCAUUCUCUAAGUAAAGACAACGAGAGAGUUGAACUUUCAAAAAUAACAUUUGUGUUUGAAACGAAAUGUACAGCUGAUUGUAAACUGCAUUUCAUGGCUGGGCAGAAUGAAAGGAACAAUAUGUUUGUGGAGAGUUGGAGUGGUACUGUAGGCAAGCAGUCCUACUCUUAUCUUAUUAAGAGCAACAGCACUGUCAGCUUCACCUGGGGUUUCCAGCGCACUGGGACCUUCAACAUGGAAAGUGAAUACAGCUCUGACUUUGCCAAGAUCUACUCUGUUCACAUCACCAAUGUGAUUGGGGGUGUGGCUUCAGAAUGUCGACAGUGUGCUCUGGCGGCCUCUGGCACAGAGUCUGCCUGCGUGCCCUGCCCCUCAGGCCACUACAUGUUAAAUGGCACUGGAGUGUGUCAAAGCUGUCCCUCUAACACCAUCAUCAGACCUGAGCAGCCAAUAGGAGCGCAAGCCUGCAUUCUUUGUGGUCCGAAUACCGACAGUAAUAAAGGCCGUUCAGCGUGUAUUAGUGACUGUACUUUAGCACUUUUACAUAAAGAAGAGUUCCUGCACUAUGACUUCUCCCAGUUGGCACGAGUUACAGAUUUCCAGAGCACUCCACGAUUCACCAGUAAAGGGCUGCAGUACUUUCACCAUUUCAGUGUUAUGCUCUGCGGGACGCAGAACAGGGGUCUUGCUUCCUGUGUUGACAAUGUGACUGAGAGUAAGAGAGAAGUGAAGGGCUACAUCUGUCGGUCCACUCUAGUGCCUUCUGAGGUCAGGGGUCAGAGUGUUGUGUCCUCUCAACCUUUCAGUAUUGGAGACACUUUAAUCGGAGUGACAACUGACUCCAAACUGGUUGACAUUUCAUCAUUCGACAGCUACUUCCCCUCCAAAUCUGAGCUACCUGAUGUCAUAUUUUACUAUAGAUCUAGAGAAACAACACAAGCAUGUAAAAAUGGAAGAUCAACCUCUGUCAGGCUCCGAUGUGAUCCUACUGUAACAAUGGACAAAAUUUUCUUACCAAGUAAUUGCUCAGAAGGCACAUGUGAUGGCUGCUCUUUUCAUUUCCUGUGGCGUUCCCAGCAUGCUUGUCCUCUCUGCUCAGAAAGGAACUAUAAGGAGAUUGUGAGUGCCUGUAUCCAAGGAAUCCAGAGGACCACCUAUGUGUGGCAGCAGCCUCUGAGAUGCACAGGUGGGGUUGACCUGCCACCACAGAAGGUCAGCGCCUGUGUGACUUUGGACUUCUGGCUGAAGUUUGGUGUCUCUGUUGGAACUGUGGCCGCCGUAUUGCUCAUUACCAUCAGCUGCUACUUCUGGAAAAGAACACGAAAGCUGCAAUAUAAAUACUCAAAGCUAAUGAUGACUGCAGGAGAUAAAGAGUGUGAACUACCAGCUGCAGAUAGCUGUGCCAUCAUGGAGGGAGAAGAUGCUGAGGAUGACCUCAUCUACCUCUCAAAGAAAUCUUUCUUCACUAAAAUCAAGUCGUUUUCCAGAGAGAGAACAUCAGAUGGCUUUGAUUCUGUUCCUCUGAAAUCCUCAGCAAUACAGGAGAUGGAGAUGGACUAGCAACAACAGGAAAUUUUGGCCAAAAUUCGAAAACAUGUUUUAAAAAACUAUUGCAGCGUUGCAUUGUUUUCCAAAGAGCCUGUGAGAGUCUUAUCAAAUAAUCGGCAAAACAAAUGAUUCAAUAGCUGCCUUAUUUAAAUGUGCAUUGAUAACUUAGGUUUUCUUUCUUGGGUCUCCCCUGGAUUAAGUAAAGCCAAAAAGACAAAUGACUUUCAAAAGUACAAACAAUUCUAACAAACAUUUGAGAUUUUAUUUAACCGUGUUUAGAUCAUAACUCUAUUAUUUAAAGGCCGAAUAAACUUAAACAUUUGCAGAUGCAUUAAUAGAUAAUCAAGUAAACAUCAUUUAUUUAACAUGUCCUUCUAUAAUUUAUCUCAUAAAUGUCUUUUUUUAUGUUUCCGUGGUUUUGAUGUUGAGUGUGCAAGGUAUUUGAAGCCAUAUCUGGUGUAGUGAGUUUUUGCUUUUUUAUUCAAUACAAUUUUUUAUAAAC